CUUAAUUUUGAAAUGUAUGCUAAUCAAGGAUUGCCACAAAGCUUAUUCAAGGUGUCAAUACCAAAAAUCACUACUAUAUCAUGUAUUCUUCCAAUGUUUGCUACAACAUUCUGUGUGACAUACUCCAUCAUUAAUAAUUUUGAACAAUCUACUCUUACACAUUGUCAGGUGUAUAACUUCCUACCAUCAAUAAGUGCAGCAAUUGGUGAUUUUAGACCCCAAGUUUAUGUAUGGAGAUUGUGUAUAGCUUUACAUUCUGGGCCAAGGUUUCUCCUAGCCAUGAUAUAUUAUGGUUUUCAUACCACAAUUAAACUUGGCCGUUCUAAUGAACACUACAUGACAUUAGCAGCAGUUUCCUCUUUAUCACAUAUUACAGAGAUUGUGGCCUUGUUAGGUUUAAGUUAUAUUUCAUCUUCUGAUAAUUUUGGUAUACACAAAUUGUUUUUCAUAACCUUCAUGUUGUGUGCUUAUGUUCAUAUGGUUUUAACUAUGAUAAUAUUUUAUUGGGGAAGAACUCAAAAUGGACGACAACUCACAUAUAUGGAAUCUAAAUCAUUCAAGUGGAAGAAGAUAUUAUUUGGUAUUAAUCUAGGAGUAUUUUUACUAGCCAUGUAUUUUUAUAAUCAACAUAUGAAUUAUUGUCAAAAUAAUGUGUACAGUUACUUCGCAUUUUGUGAAUAUAUUGUGAUAUUUUCAAACAUUGGUUAUCAUGGUACUGCCAUCUUGGAUUUUAAACCUCAGUCAUUAUUAGUUCAAGCUCCUGUAAAAAAUUAUUCUGAACUGGAGGAAGUUUUAUGAUGAACACUGAAUAUAGUCAAAAUCGACUAGUUGAUAUAAUUCAACUUAAUAUCUUUUUUUUUUCCUUUAUAUACAAUUUAUUCUGAGGUAGUAGUGAUGAUGACAUGUGUCCAAACCACACCCCCAUUCAUCAUACAUCCUCGGAUCCGUGGUAAUACAAGUGAGAAAAACGUAUUCAUAGCUAAUUAUUGUCCAAUCAAAAUUGUCUUUAGUGUAUUGGUAGCAGAUUUCAGCCAAUCAAAACAAAUCACUUGUUAUGAAGCUCUGUUUGCGAAUGUAAACCAAGUGAAAGCAGCAUGCUAUUGCAUAUUUUGAUGAAUAAGUAGUAUACGGUACAGAAUUGAGUAAGGUUUUCGUUAAAGAAUUGAAGACGAGAGAAAAUAAACCUUUACUUUGGAAUAUUUACUUGGAAAUAAUGUGUUUUUAUAUGCCCACAUUAUAAUGUAAAUAAUCAAAUAAGACUGUAAUUCAUAAUUUGAAUCUUCUCUACUAAUAUUAUUACACUUUAGCCUUAUUCAUUGUGCAUUCUUAUUGAAGUGAUGUAGCUUAAUUUCAUCUCUGCAUAUAAAAGCAUAUGUAGACAAUGAAAAAACAAAUUGUCUUCUACUUAUUCAGUUGUUUCUGAAAUAAUAAACCAAAAAAUAUUUUUUU